UUUUUUUAAGUAAACUAAAUAUACUGUUUAAUUGUUUGUUAUUUUGUUAAUUUAUGAACAUGAAAAUUUAUAGUGUUGAUUCGCAGAGUUCAAACUUGGUAUAAGAAUCUAAGUUGUUUUAUAAGGUAACAGAAGAAAUACAAAACCGAAUUUUUCAAUAAAUAUGGAACAAAAUGACGAAGUCGUUGAACGUCAAAAGCUAGUACCUAAUGAUGUAGAAACAGAAGAAGAGCCUACAAGUCAAGUGACAACAGCUCCACAGAGUGCGCCGAAAUCAGCGCCCACGCCGGCUUCCCCUGUACCGCCAAAUAUAAAUGUAAAAAGUAUAUCCAGUGGUGAUACUACACGUAGUCGCAAUUCAGCUUCCUGCUCGAUUGAGCGUACUAUUUCCGAGAAAGGCCAAACUUCGGCAAAAGUGACCUAUGUAAAUGAACGUCGACCAAGGCCACAUCUUUAUAAUACUAAUGAUGAACGUUUUGAAUUUAAAUCUCGUCCGCGAAAAUUACUGAAAGAAAUUGGCAUACAUGAUGGUAGCAGUAGUCAACAUAGCAUAAAUAGCAUAACGCACAUAAGUAGUGAAACAUUCGACAACAGUAAUAAUAAUAAUAACAACAACAAUAACAACAGUAACAAUAACAAUAAUGACACAAAAAGCAACAAUAAUACACCGACACUAAGUCGGCGGAAAGCAAGUAAUGGAUAUACAAAUGCUCCUCCGGUACUUAGCACCAAUGACCAUAGUAGUAAAUUUGAAGAUCGACCAAUUAAACAUCAUUCCUUUGUGUCAGAAGUUCCCGAUGUUAAACAUAUGGAGCGUGCAUUGUUGGGUCUCUUAGAUGAUUUUCAUUCAGGAAAGCUAAAAGCUUUUGGUUCUGGUGGUACAAUGGAUCAAAUGACAAUAAUUCGUGAACAGCAAGAGAGCUUAGCAAAACUGCAUUUUGAAUUGGCUGCUGCUGAGGAAGAUUCACUUGAGAAUGGCAACGAUUUAAAUGCAACAAAAGCACAAGAAAACAUGUUACAACUAGUACAGCGGCUAGAACAGUUAUCAAUUUCAAUAGAACAACUACAAACAAGUCAUACUGGACUUUAGAACCAUAAUUUGGUUAAUUUUUUUGUUUUGUCUAAUUUCAAAUUUUAUUGUUACAAAUGUGAUUUAUCAAACUACGAUUUCAUUUUCCUAACUGGUCUGUUCUGCGUUGUUUUCAUGUCUAUAUACAUAUGUAUGUAUUUUUUAAUGCAGUUAAAAUAUUAUCUACUAAUACUUUAAACUAACUAUUAAUGACAAUUUUUUAUAUAUAAUUUGUUGUUGACGAAAAAUAUGUACAUUCUGCACAUAUGAGGGAAAAUAUGAAUUUCGUAAAUCGAAUUUUUCUAUAAAGCUUUUAAAUUAAAAUUUAAUUUACAAGUUUUAGAUAAUUAUUUGUAUUCUAUGUAUAAAUAAUUUCAGAUAUUAUCUAAAAACUGUUUAUCUUAAAACAUACUGUUUACCUAUUUCUACAAUUUGAAAAUGAUUUUCCUUAAUUGCGCCUGUUCGAAUAUAAUAAUACAACAUGUAGAAUUUAUUGUUUUUAAUUAAGCUUGUUUAAAUAUUAGGAAGACACCAUUCUUGAUAAGAGUAUAAGGCGGACACAAAAUUUCACUGUUAUGAUCUGUCAAGAGCUUAAUUAUUCAAAUUAUAUUUCUAUUCCCGGUUCGAUUAAGAGAUGAAUCUGAGCUUAUCUUAUUGACAUCUUUUAUUGUUUUUAGAGAUAAUUUGUCGAGGUCCAGAAAACCUCCAUGGUUGAGUUGAUUGUAUUGUCUAUUAACAUUUACAUUCUGAAAUAUUUUGAAUGUGUCAUAUUUAUUACAAUGAAUGAAAUAAUAUCCAAUAUCCAGGUAGGCUAAAGUAGAUAUGAAUAUAUAAGAUCCAUGUGAUACAAUCACAUAACGAAUACGUUCUUUUUGGUAACGAUCAUGUAAGCAUGUUAAGCAGCCAGCCAAAAUACAAUUCUUAAUUUCAUACUAUUAAUACUAUAUUUAUACUUUUUAAGCGUGCCUGAAUUUAAAAGGUACAAAAAUACCUGCAGAUAAUUUUAUAAAAAAUGUUUUUAUAUAAAUGUAUAUAAAAUGAAUGACACAGAAAAGUUAUUGGUAAGCAUUUUAUAUUGUAUUUGAAUUUA